UCACGCGCCGCCUAGAAGAAGCUGUUAUGGAUAACUUCCAGGACUUCAUUAYGGAUCUGGAAGAUGAAUCAGUCUUUGGUUACAACGAAGCAUUGGCUUGGAAAACUCACGAUGAUGUUGAUGUUGAUGAGGAUAAUUUACACGAUGCUGAUGAUGAUAACAGGUUUUACAAGCCAGACAUGACACCAGCAUCUAUGAUGGGGUGGCUAACAGGGCAACAGCACAGAGAUCUAACCAAAAAAUUGCCAAUCCAAGUUAAAUUUGAUCAUGAUUGUAUGGAAAGGAACCCAAAUCACAGGGUUUGCUUCCCAUAUGUCGGAGCAUGUGGGCGGGAGAUAACAUUUCCAGUAACUCACAUGUCAGAAGCACAUAAAUUUAAAGAUAAUAUUCUCAUAGCUUUUUGUAAAGGACAGGCCUUUUCGAUGGCUUAA